CACAAACGCUAGGGUUUUUCCAAGUCUUCUUUGUUCCUGAUUCUCAGCUCGCCGAAGCUUUCAUACAGCGACAAUGGUGAAAGGGCGCCAAGGCGAACGUGUCAGACUCUACGUCCGUGGAACAAUCCUUGGAUACAAAAGGUCGAAGUCGAAUCAGUAUCCAAACACGUCGUUGAUACAGAUAGAAGGAGUGAACACUCAAGAGGAAGUGGCAUGGUACCGCGGCAAGCGAAUGGCGUACAUUUACAAGGCCAAGGUUAAGAAGAACGGCUCUCACUACCGUUGCAUCUGGGGUAAAGUUACACGUCCCCACGGUAACAGCGGCGUUGUUCGUGCCAAGUUCAAGUCUAAUCUCCCCCCCAAAUCCAUGGGUGCUAGAGUAAGGGUGUUCAUGUACCCAAGCAACAUUUGAGUGAUUGGGCUCUUGUUGAUCAGGUUUGGGAGCGUUAAGUGAAAGCCGAAUCUUCAAGAUUUAAAACUAUAGUUUUGAGUUUAGGAAUUAUUCUUAUUAUUAGCCAAUUUUCCUCUUCCUUUUCUUUUGAAUCUGAAUAUGAGAAACAAUCUAGUUGAGGUAACGGACUGUACUGAGGCUCCACAAUGUUGCCAUUUUACCUCACUGAAUAGGGUUUGAAAGGUUGGACAUUGUUGCGUUGUGUGUUGUUGAUCUCUUGUAUCUGCCACUAUUACUUCCCUUGGACAAUAUUUCCUGGCACAAUUGACCUGAUGAUAUUUACAUAUUUGUCCUGCA